AUGCCGGCAGCAGGUCCAGCGCUCCCUCCACAUCUUUUAGCUAAGAGGAAGCGUCAGCAAGAGGAGGAACAGAAGAACCAGCCCACCACCUCUUCCGGCGCAAACCAAGAGAGCCCCAAAGACAAACGCCAGAAAGUCACUGGUCCAGAACUACCACCAUCAGCUUCGCCAGCACCAGCAGGUCCUCGUUACCGCCCUCAGUAUCAUCUCCAUCCGUCGGUCCUACGUUACCACCCUCCGAUCUUCAACCCACACGCCCCGUCGCUGGUCCCGCACCACCGCCAGCUCCUCUCGACGAACGACCCACAGNCACCACCAGAAGACUCCGACGAGGACUCCGACGACGAUGAUGACUUCGGCCCAGCUCUGCCCACCGCUGCCGAUUUGAAUCCUUCCACCAACAACACCGGACCCUCGGUCCCACAACCAGCAGCAGCUCCCGUCAGAGCUCAGCGCGACGAAUGGAUGACACUACCACCCCAGCAAGACGACCUUGCAGCCCGGAUGGACCCUUCCAAAAUGCGCGCUCGAGGCUUCAAUACCGGCAAGAACGCAAGGGGUGGCAACACAACCCCUGCUGGAGGAAACAUUGCUGCAGCGUGGACAGAAACACCAGAGGAGAAACUCAAGCGUCUGCAAGACGAAGCCAUGGGCGUGAAGCCCGCCACUGCCGGGCAUGUGGAUGCCAAAGAAGCUGCUAGGAACAAGGAGAAGGAGGCAGAGGCAAGACGUAUACGCGAACAAACUGUGAGUUGCCUGCAUUUACAUCCAAACACUGAGGCUGACAUGCUGCUACAGGACAAGGCAAGAGGACCAUCAUUGAUGGCACAGCACAAAGAGUCGAAUCCAGAGAACAAAGAUGACGACCCCAGUAAACGUGCCUUCAACAGAGAAAAGGAUAUUGGUGGGAGCUCACUUGGUUUGGUCGACAAGAAGGACCUGCUCAACAAGGCUUCCAACUUUGGCUCGAAAUUCUCUGGCGGUGGUUAUUUGUAG